CCAGAAAUAACUUUCAUUUUGAAACCUAACAUAGACGACAUUCGACAGAACAAAUUCGUUCAGGAAAAAAACCCACUAGAAGACACAUUAAACUGGAUCUUGCCUAACUAAUUUCUUUCCUAAUGCAAUACAAUGAGACUGCACCUGUCUUGUAAUUCAAGCAGGUGUGUGUGUAAAGAUCAAGGCGUGUCCUAAACCGAUAUGUUCAGGUCAGUUGCGCCUGACUGAAACGAGCUCUGCAAAGCUCUGUUCUCUGGACUUCUACAUCCAAGACAUUUGGUGACCAUGUGGCAGCUCCUACAUUCUACAAUCUUCAUCUUCUACCUCAUGCCAGCCGUAGUAUGUGGCAAUCUGCGCUGCCUCUUCAGGCCCAUCCUGGAGAAUGAGUACAGAUUUGAGCCCAUCGCAACUGAGUGUCCCCCGGAUGAGGUGUGCUUCAAAGCGGAGGCUCGCUAUGGCAACUACAGCGUCCUAUCUGCAAGUGGCUGCCUGCCGAGGAUUGUCUGCAGGAAGGAGCGACACCUCUCCUUCAAAGGAGUUGUAUACAUCAUGAGCUAUGCUUGUUGUGAGCGGCCGUAUUGCAACACCUGUGUGGGCCUCGUUGCCAAUGUCUUCAUCACUGUAACACUUGUGACUGUUUCUAUGAUGGUUGGAAGCUGAAGACCUUUAGCUGUACAAUACAUGUUUUUAGAAUA